GCAAUCCAGUGUGUUGUUGUGUGGUUACAGCGCUCAGCAGAGUCACAGUCCGUCUAAAUCCGCUGGAGAAACGCAGCUGUGUGCAAGGCAAAAUAUUUUUGUCUGAUAAUAAUUCGUCGUGUCGAACCCUCGGUGCCAUCGUGGAGCUUUCCUCUCGAUUAAUUCACUUCAGAGUUUAUUCCGCAGUAGAGUGGGUCUUGUGUGGAAAAUAGUGUUGUAUUUGCAGAGCGAAGAAAAAAAUGGCUGAUGGAGACAAAGAUCUGGUCGCUGGCCGUCUUCCAGCAGUGAAAGCCGGAGGAAUGCGGAUCGUGCAGCAUAAAACCCCAAAUGCGGACCGUCCCGGAAAGGACCCGGUGGAAGUGAUUGGCCUGUCGAACCCGGCCCCGAACGUCAACACCGGCGAGGUGGUGCAGAGUGCGACGGCCAGCAAGAACGCCGACCACUCGGUCGAGGCUAGCCAGGUGGCGCACGCCCAGAAACCCCCGGCGGCAAUUCCCCAGCGCCCGGUCAACAACAUCCAGCAGCCGCGAAAGUGUUGAACGGCUGGAGAACAACAUUUUUAUUGUCGAGUGGAGAGUAUGCGCGCGUGGGUGUGCAAUAUGCUGAUUACUAACAUUUCGCGUAAUUUGUGCAUCACAGCAUAAUUGCGUUUUUUUAUACUUCGGGAUCUGUGAGUCGUUGGAGUUGUGUGCAAACAAUUUUGUUGCUUUAUAUUUGGUUUUGGGAAUUUAGUGCUAAAAGCUUUUUUUUCUAUCUUAAACAUUGUUUUAGUGAGAGGUCUCGUGCGGAAGCUGAGUCAUGUUAUUAAAUAACGUUCAAAAUUAAUUGUCAUAAAGUGGAAAUUUUUAAACAGUAAAUACAGAAUAAAUAUAAAAGCUAUUCAUAAUGUA